GGAAACCCUUUUUUUCUCUCCCUUUUUUUUUCAAAUCCAUCUUUUCUUUUUACCUUUUCCUCACAGCUAGGCAUCAUAGAAAUGGAACUGUUAAAUACGACACAGCAAUUCUUAAUACAGGAAAACAAGGUGCCCGAUUUAUCAUGGAAGAAUGUGGCUAUUGCUGCUGGAUUUCUUGUGGUGAAUGGCAUUAUAUCCAUGGGGCUCGGUUUAAAAUUAGAAAAAUCACUUUUGACAAGUUCCAUCAGAUGUAUUGUUCAACUCACAAUUAUGGGUCAGAUUCUUGAUAGCGUUUUUAGAGCCAAGAAUCCUAUCCUCGUCAUGCUGAUGACAUUUACUUUAAUCUUUCUGAGUUCGUGCGAGACUGUUUAUAAUAAAUCAGAUUGGUCCUUUCGAGGAAUGUUUCCGUCGGUGUUUAUAUCUACAGCAUUUUCAACCUUAUUUAUAGGUGUAUUAGGGACACGAUUUGCCAUGAAUGAAUCCAAUUUUCUGUUACCGGAAUUAUUCAUCCCUACUAUUGGGUUAUUACUGGGAAUUACAGCUGGUGGAAUGGCAGUAGCUAUUUCUACCUGCCUGACCAAAGUAGGAGAACAGUCGGACCAAAUCGAGACUUAUCUGAGUUUUGGCGCCAGUCGAUGGGAGGCAGGUAAAGCGGUUGCCAUAGAAGCCAUUCGUAUCGCCAUGUUACCAACGAUAAACCAGAUGUCUGUAAUCGGAAUGAUUACCAUACCAGGUGCCAUGAGUGGCCAAAUCUUGGGUGGUGGAUCCAUUUUGAAUGCUGUGCGGUAUCAACAGAUUGUGACAUUUAUGGUAUCAGCUACUACCAGUCUGGGCGUUUUAUCCGUGGUCUAUGUAAUUUAUUCGUGAUAUGUUCAAAUUGGUUUUUGUUGUUGACUUUUUAUCAUUGUAGUACUGUGUACAUCAUUUAAUUGAUGGCAAGCAUCGACUUCGACCUGAAAGAGUACGUCAAUAUAAAGCCAAUGCGUUUCGAGAUAUCAAGUUUUUAUUUGUGGGGGUCUGGCAAGAGUUAUUUAAACGUGAUGAGCAGCCGAAUGAGCAUACACCUUUAUUAAGUUAAGUCACCUGGUGUAUAGAUAUUGAGUAAAGGUAUAAAAAUAGCUCCAAUAAAUAAUCGCCUUUUUCCUCCUU